GGACGAACACCAGGGGCACCGGGGCUGCUUGGGAGACAUCAAAACCAGAGUGUCGGAGAGAGAGGCGGGACUACCCACUCCAAACCAUCCAAAACCCCCCUACACUCUCCCCUACUCUCUCUUUCUCCUCCCUCAGCUCACUUUCUCUCUCUAUAUCGCCUUACUUAUCAACCAAGUCUAUCCCAUCGUCGCUCAUUCUCUCUCCAUACGCACCCAUACAUAUAAACACAUCCUCAGAUCACUCUCUCCCUUUAUCUACUAUGCGCCACUCUUGGCAGGGUUAGCAGAAGCAUCGCAGUCUCGUCGAACUUGAAUAUUGAAGGACACGGCUUGACGGAAUAGUUACUGUGAUCAGUCAUCCGGGUUUGAAGUUGAAUUGUUUGUUGAAGAUUUGUAGAUAUUUUGAAGCCAGAAUUCUUCAAUUGGAAAGUAAGUUUCUAUAUAUAACCAGAUGGCGUGGACAGAAAAGGAUGUUGGUGAUGGGAAGGAGAGGGAUCGGAUUGGAGAUAAUGGAUUCUUGAAAGAAGUGCAGCCUGUUUCAGGAACUAGUGGCUCUUUGGGCUGCAUUAAUCAUGUACAGAAGAGUUCUGAUGGGAAAGAUGCUCUCUCUUAUGCCAACAUUCUUCGCUCCAGGAACAAAUUUGUCGACGCUGUUGCUCUUUAUGAGAAUAUAUUGGAGAAGGAUAGUGGAAAUGUUGAAGCUCACAUUGGCAAAGGGAUUUGUCUGCAGAUGCAGAAUAUGGGAAGGCUUGCUUUUGAGAGUUUUGCGGAAGCCAUUAAAUUGGACCCACAAAAUGCAUGUGCUCUCACCCAUUGCGGUAUUUUUUACAAAGAUGAGGGUCGCUUGGUAGAAGCUGCUGAGUCAUAUCAGAAGGCUCUGAAAGCAGACAAUUCAUACAAACCAGCAGCGGAAAGCCUGGCGAUUGUCCUAACAGAUCUUGGAACCAGUUUGAAGCUGGCUGGAAACACUCAGGAGGGAAUUCAGAAGUAUUAUGAAGCUAUCAAAAUUGAUCCACAUUAUGCUCCUGCAUAUUAUAACCUUGGUGUUGUUUAUUCUGAAAUGAUGCAAUACGACAUGGCCUUUAAUUGCUAUGAGAAGGCUGCACUGGAGCGGCCCAUGUAUGCUGAAGCAUAUUGCAACAUGGGUGUCAUCUAUAAGAACCGGGGAGAGUUGGAGUCAGCUAUUGCCUGUUAUGAGAGGUGCCUGGCUGUGUCUCCAAACUUUGAGAUUGCAAAGAAUAACAUGGCAAUUGCCUUGACAGAUUUAGGCACGAAGGUUAAAUUGGAGGGAGACAUCAACCAAGGUGUUGCGUAUUACAAAAAAGCUUUGUAUUAUAAUUGGCACUAUGCUGAUGCCAUGUACAAUCUAGGGGUUGCAUAUGGUGAAAUGCUGAAGUUUGACAUGGCAAUUGUGUUUUAUGAACUUGCUUUCCACUUCAAUCCCAAUUGUGCGGAGGCAUGCAACAAUUUAGGAGUUAUAUACAAAGACCGAGACAACCUCGAUAAAGCGGUGGAUUGUUAUCAGUUGGCUUUAUCGAUCAAACCAAACUUCUCACAGUCCUUAAACAAUCUUGGUGUUGUCUACACUGUCCAGGGAAAAAUGGAUGCAGCUGCAAGCAUGAUCGAGAAAGCUAUUGUCGCAAACCCCACGUAUGCAGAAGCAUAUAAUAACUUAGGGGUUCUUUACAGAGAUGCUGGCAACAUAUCUCUGGCUAUUGAAGCAUAUGAGCAAUGCCUUAAGAUAGAUCCUGAUUCUCGUAAUGCAGGCCAGAAUCGUUUGCUUGCAAUGAACUAUAUAAAUGAGGGAACUGAUGACAAACUAUUCGAGGCUCACAGAGACUGGGGUAGCCGCUUUAUGAGGUUAUAUCCACAAUGCACUUCAUGGGAUAACCCAAAAGAUCCAGAGAGACCGCUUGUUAUUGGAUAUGUUUCUCCGGAUUAUUUUACUCAUUCUGUAUCAUAUUUCAUUGAAGCACCCCUUGUCUAUCAUGAUUAUGCAAAUUACAAGGUGGUUGUUUAUUCUGCAGUUGUGAAGGCAGAUGCAAAAACUGGCAGAUUUAAGGAGAAAGUCCUGAAAAAGGGUGGAUUAUGGAGAGAUAUCUAUGGUGUUGAUGAGAAGAAGGUUGCGAGCAUGGUUAGAGAGGAUAAGGUUGACAUUUUGGUUGAACUUACUGGUCAUACUGCUAACAAUAAGUUGGGAAUGAUGGCAUGCCGACCUGCACCUCUCCAGGUGACUUGGAUUGGCUAUCCAAAUACAACCGGUUUGCCUACCAUUGAUUAUAGAAUCACUGAUGAACUGGCUGACCCACAAGAUACAAGACAGAAGAAUGUUGAGGAAUUGGUUCGAUUACCAGAAUGCUUUCUUUGUUAUACGCCAUCUCCUGAAGCAGGGCCCAUAUCUCCAACUCCUGCUCUUUCCAAUGGCUUUAUCACUUUUGGUAGCUUUAACAAUUUAGCGAAGAUAACACCUAAAGUGCUGCAAGUUUGGGCAAGGAUUUUGUGUGCAGUUCCAAACUCUCGGCUUGUUGUGAAGUGUAAGCCUUUUUGUUGUGAUAGUGUAAGACAAAGAUUUCUUUCAACAUUGGAGCAGUUGGGGUUGGAACCACUACGUGUUGAUCUUUUGCCUUUGAUUCUUCUCAACCAUGAUCACAUGCAAGCAUAUGCUCUUAUGGACAUCAGCUUGGAUACCUUCCCCUAUGCAGGAACAACUACAACAUGUGAAUCUCUGUACAUGGGGGUUCCAUGUGUCACUAUGAGAGGUUCAGUACAUGCUCAUAAUGUUGGCGUGAGCCUUCUCAGCAAAGUUGGAUUGGGAUAUUUGGUCGCCAAGACUGAAGAUGACUACGUACAAUUGGCAUUGCAAUUAGCCUCAGACGUUAAUGCUCUCUCAAACUUGAGAAUGAGUCUGCGGGAUCUCAUGUCUAAGUCCCCCCUUUGUGAUGGAUCAAAAUUCAUCCUUGGUCUGGAGUCAACAUAUCGGAAUAUGUGGCACAGGUACUGUAAAGGUGAUGUGCCUUCUUUAAGACGCAUUGAAAUGAUACAGGAGCAGAAGCCACAGCUGGUUGUUCCGGAAGAACCAGCUGUCAAAUUCUCUGAGCCAACAAGAAUUAUAGGAUCUGGAGAAGGUUCUGUUGGAUCAAUCCAGACAAACGGUUUUAAUUUGGGCUCACAAUCUAUGCUGAAUUGCACUGCUAAUGAAGAAAAUGGGAUUCAGUUGAAUCAGACUACUCAGGGAAGUUGAGAUGUAAUAAAUUUGAUCUGAUGGGGCAUUCAUGCAGAAUUUUUUGGGCCAGUAUAAAAAAAUGUGUUGCGCAUGUGGAAUUAAGCCUCCUGUAUCGUAUAUAUUUAUUGUGGCUUGAUCUGCUUUAGUCUGAGGCUGGAGUUAAACGUAGAGGCAACUAUUUGUUGCAUAGGGUAAUUUUCUGGGAGAAAUGUUCGAAGUAGUUGGUACUUCGAUUUUAUUUGUUCAAGAUAGAUUUAUAGUGUACUAAAAUAUGGAGGCGAUGCUAUGGUCUUACCUUGGGUAUGUCGUUGCAUCUUUUGGCCGGAGAUAUAGAUGUUAGUGUGUUUUUAUCAUAUGUAAGGAGAUUUCUCUGAAAAUAUUGAAAGCUCUUGAUUCUGUCAAUUUAGGUAGGAAGGGGAGAUAUGUUGUAUAUUUUGAAUGUGUUUAAACUGAUUGAGCUCAUCUGCAAUGAAAUUGAUGCUAUAUGGCAGGUCAAAGGUGUCAA